CAACUUCUACCGCCGGUGUCCCCUAGCGACCGACGGGUACAAAGAUGAAUUCUGUCUUUCUUCUCUCCCUUUUCUCCUCUUUUCCAUUCCCAUCAAACCCUAAUUCCCUCUCCUAAAUUCCUAAAUCCCUUCCCCUUCUUUCGCCCGUCUGCUAUCCUUAUACCCCGCCAUGGAUUCCGAUCCUCGCUCUCCUCCCGACGACGGCUCUGCCGAUUCCAACCCUAACCCUAGGCCGGAGCCCGACCCCAAACCCAAGCCUAAAGAAUCCACCGUAGAGGAACGGCUGAGUUCUCUGACCGUGAAGGAUUCAGGCGAUGCCGCCGGCUGUGGACCGCCUGCGAGCAACGGAUUUCUGCCCGCGGAUUUAUAUGCCGGCGAUGAGAUUGAGGAAGAGGUGCCUCCGGUUGCUUCGUGUUCGGCUGAUGAGAUUGAUGGUGCUGCUGGAGAGGCCUGGGGGUUGUCGUCCCACGGCGGCGUGUCUUGGAGGGAGAGCUCGGAGCAGGACGAGGACGCACCACCUAGCCCUAGCAGCAGUGGGUAUGCUGGAGAGAGGGGGAGCAGUGGAGAGAGUGGGAUCGAGGAGGUCGAUGAUGGACGUUCUUCCCCGGAUGAUCGUAGCCGUGGAAAAGAGCAUCGUGAUGAGAUCAUGUUAUGUUCCAGAAAGUAUUUCAACAUGCAUGUAUUGAAAGCUGGUGUAGUAAAAUUGAUAGCUGCAGCUGAAGAAGACUUGCACUUGAACACGCAGGAUGAUGCUUCAGUUUCAUGGAGAAAACGGAAGAAACACUUCUUUGUGUUGAGUCACUCUGGGAAACCAAUAUACUCAAGGUAUGGAGAUGAACACAAACUAGCAGGAUUUUCAGCAACCUUGCAAGCUAUAAUUUCUUUUGUGGAGAACAGUGGAGAUUGUGUCAAACUUGUAAGAGCCGGUAACCAUCAGGUAGUUUUUCUUGUGAAAGGUCCGAUAUAUUUAGUUUGCAUAAGCUGUACUGAAGAGCCAUAUGAGGGAUUGAGGGGACAAUUAGAGCUCAUCUACAGUCAGAUGCUGCUUAUCUUGACCAAGUCAGUUCAUAGAUGUUUUGAGAAAAAUCCAAAAUUUGAUAUGACUUCCUUGCUGGGAGGAACAGAUGCUGUUUUCUCCUCUCUGAUUCAUUCUUUCAGCUGGAAUCCUGCCACAUUUCUUCAUGCAUAUACAUGCCUUCCUCUUGCUUAUGGAACAAGACAAGCAGCUGGUGCUAUUUUGCAAGAUGUUGCUGGCUCAGGGGUUUUAUUUGCAAUGUUGAUGUCUAAGCACAAGGUUGUCAGCCUUGUUGGAGCACAGAAGGCCUCUCUUCAUCCUGAUGACAUGCUCUUACUUGCCAACUUUAUAUUGUCUUCUGAAUCAUUUAGGACUUCUGAAUCUUUUUCACCAAUUUGCUUACCAAGAUAUAAUCCAAUGGCAUUCCUAUAUGCUUACGUUCAUUUCUUCGAUGUUGAUACAUAUUUGACAUUGCUUACUACUAGUUCAGAUGCCUUCUAUCAUCUCAAAGACUGCAGGAUUCGCAUUGAGGCGGUGCUUGUGAAGUCAAAUGUUCUCUGUGAAGUUAAGAGAUCCAUGCUGGAUGGUGGUCUACAUGUUGAGGACCUGCCUGUUGAUUCUACUGUCCAUUCUGGAUCUCUGUCUCCUCAUUUAGGUCUGAACAAGAUGUCUGCUGGAUCUUUGUCUUCUUGCAUAGGCAUUGGUGGCCCAGCUGGACUUUGGCAUUUCAUUUACAAGAGUAUAUACCUUGACCAGUAUGUGUCAUCAGAGUUCUCGUCCCCCAUAAACAACUCUAAUCAACAGAAAAGAUUGUAUAGGGCUUAUCAAAAGUUAUACAAUUCCAUGCACGGCAAAGGAACUUGUCCACAUAAAACCCAAUUUAGAAGGGAUGAAAAUUGUGGUUCACUUACUAUGUUAAUGUGUAACGUGGCAGUUCUGCUGUGCUGGAUCACUCAAGAUUUUGAACUUUAUGCCGCAUUUGAUCCACUUGCAGACAAGGCUCUGGCAAUAAAAGUGUGCAACCGAGUUUGUCAGUGGAUAAGGGAUUCGGAAAAUGAGAUAUUUUUGUUGGGAGCAAGCCCCUUUUCCUGGUGAUUUCUUGGUCCAUGUAAUUGUAUUUAGUUAUUCAUUUAGCAAAAGCUUUCAUAUUCCAUGCCAACGCAAGGUCUUACAUCAUCUUUGGUCGGUAUACAAGGGUGGAGUUGCUUGUGGUAUUUCAUUAAAGCUUUAACAUUACUGUAUAUUCAAAAGUUUUUGGAAAUUAUCCCAACAUGUUUGAAUAAUA